AUGCUGUACCAAAACUUGAGACGCGCCAACCCCCCUCCAGUGGUGGUGAAUACCGAGAGUGUAGACACCCCCCCAUAUGUCAAUGGAACAGAAGCAGACUAUGAAUAUGAAGAAAUUACACUGGAGCGGGGUAACUCAGGCCUGGGCUUUAGUAUCGCUGGAGGCACUGAUAACCCCCACAUUGGAGAGGACCCUUCAAUUUUUAUCACCAAAAUUAUUCCAGGAGGGGCUGCAGCCCAAAACGGACGACUCAGGGUGAACGAUUGUAUAGUCCGAGUGAAUGACACUGACGUCAGGGAGGUGAGUCACAGCGGGGCUGUGGAGGCGCUGAAGGAGGCAGGAGGACUGGUCCGACUGUGUGUACGACGCAGGCGAAGCCUCACUGAGAGGGUCAUGGAUAUCAAACUGGUCAAAGGGCCCAAAGGUUUAGGAUUCAGUAUAGCAGGGGGAGUUGGGAACCAGCAUGUCCCCGGUGACAACAGCAUCUAUGUGACUAAAAUUAUUGAGGGAGGAGCUGCUCAAAAGGAUGGACGGUUACAAAUUGGGGACAAACUUGUUGCUGUAAACAGCACCUGUUUGGAAGAAGUAUCUCAUGAGGAUGCAGUAGCUGCACUAAAGUCCACACCUGAUGUUGUUUACCUCCGUGUGACCAAACACAGUGCCCUUUUCAUCAAUGAAAACUUCCCGCCUCCCGAUGUCACUAAUUCAUAUUCCCCACACCAUGACAACCAUGUAACCCCCUACAUGAGUGGCAGCCAAUCAGUAAGCCCCGCCCCUCUGACCACACCCAGAUACUCACCGCUGCCCAGGUCCAUGACAGCAGAUGAUGAUGAUGUCACCAGGGAACCCAGAAGAGUGGUGCUGCAAAGGGGCUCCACAGGUCUUGGAUUUAACAUCGUUGGAGGGGAGGAUGGAGAGGGAAUCUUUAUCUCCUUCAUACUCGCUGGAGGUCCAGCUGAUCUCUGUGGGGAACUUAGAAAGGGGGAUCGCCUCAUGUCGGUAAACGGGGUGGACCUGUCCGGUGCAACACAUGAGCAGGCAGCUGCAGCUCUGAAGAACGCUGGUCAGACUGUCACUAUUGUAGCUCACUACAGACCAGAGGAGUACAGUCGUUUUGAAGCGAAGAUCCAUGACCUGAGGGAACAAAUGAUGACCAGCAGUGUCAGCUCCAGCUCCACGUCUCUCCGCCCCACACAGAAACGCACACUUUACGUCAGGGCGUUGUUUGAUUAUGAUGGAAGUGGAGCAGAUCUGAGUGCUCUCAGUCAGCCACUCCCAUUUCAUUUUGGAGAUAUCCUCCAUGUAAGCAGUGCUGGUGAAGAGGAGUGGUGGCCCGCCCGUCACCUUAGUCCCCCGCCCCCAAACUGCCCAGAAGUUGGAGUCAUUCCCAGCCGCAGGAGGGCAGAGAAAAAGGAGAAAUCGAGGCUAAAGACAGUCAGAGUGACGAGGUCCCAGGACACAUCGGAUCAGGAUGAGACGGCUGGCCAGGAGGAGGUGUUCCUCACAUACCAGCCUGUUAUGCAGCAGGAAGUUAAUUACACACGGCCGGUCAUCGUGCUUGGACCAAUGAAAGAUCGGAUCAACGAUGACCUCAUCUCUGAGUUUCCCGACAAGUUUGGCUCCUGCGUCCCACACACAACACGGCCGCGACGAGACUAUGAGGUGGACGGCAGAGAUUAUCACUUCAUGCCCUCCAGAGAGCUCAUGGAGCGAGAAAUUCAGGAACACAAGUUCAUAGAGGCAGGACAGUACAACAACCAUCUGUACGGAACCAGCAUACACUCUGUUAGAGAAGUGGCUGACAAGGGUAAACACUGCAUACUGGACGUAUCCGGGAAUGCCAUAAAGCGUCUCCAGAUGGCAGGACUCUAUCCCAUCGCUAUCCUCAUAAGACCACAUAGUGUCGACAACAUUCUAGAGAUGAUCAAGCGCUUGACUGAGGAGCAGGCGAGAAAGACUUUUGACAGAGCUGUCAAACUGGAGCAGGAGUUUGCAGAACACUUCACCGCUAUUGUCCAGGGCUCAACUUUUGAGGAAAUUCACUCGCAGGUGAAGCAGAUCAUUGAGGAACAGUCUGGUCCUUAUAUCUGGGUCUCCACCAAGGAGCGACUCUGAACAAACACACACACACGUUAUAUUCAUGCACUUGUUUUUCUCAACACUUUCUGCUUGAUUCUAUUUUCUAUUAUCAGCCUGCCUCCUCUCUUUUACAUCACCGCACACACAUUUAUUCACACAAUCACAUGAAGAUGGCGAGGCUGGGACUAUCUGGGACUGCGCCUCCCUAAAGUGGGAGGAGCUAAUGUCUGUCCAGCAACCUAUUUGUGGAUCUUCCUGCAGCUCAGUUCCUUAAUGUUUAAGGAGUUGGUUCAAAUCAAGUCAACAUGUACCAUUAUCUGAUUUAUUUCAUUAUUGUUAUUAUUAUUGUUGUUGUUGUUGUUUUCAUAAUAACAAAGGGUAUUGUAUUCAAGUAUGGGUUUGUAAUGAUAUUAUUGUCACCAAGAGGCAGACUUUUGCACGCUGUAGCUUUAAGAGCAUGUUUUUCAGACAAAAUCUUAAACCUAUUCCCUGUCUGUCUUUUUAUCUGUCUUUUCAUUUAUGUUUAGUUGAUCUUU